CAAAAGUGUACUUAGCAACUGGCAAACUGGAAAUGGAUCGGUGCACCUGCAAGUGAGGAUUUAUUCUAUUAAAUGUGCUGUAAAGAAUUAUGGCAAAACAUAUUUUGUCAUUUAAGAAGUAAGGGAGAAUGUUAGGACCAGUUUCCUUCAGUGGUCCAAUAAGACAGCUUUCUAAUAAAGCUGCCCCAGGUAAGAGGAGAAAGGCUACCCUUCUGCCUGGAGGAAAGCUGAAACCACUCCAAAAGAAUGUGAUUCUCCAGGAUGAAAGCAAAUCUAGUAGUCAAGCUCUGCCUGGCAUUGGUUCUGCUGCAGCAAGAAACUUGACAGAGGAUCAAGUGAAAGAUGUCCUUGCUGGACAUUGGGAUAAUAUCCCACCACUGCCAUCAAAGCAAAUCAGAAUAUACCUCAGUUCCUCUCCAGACAUGUGGCAAGAGAGAGAAAUCAUCCUCAAAGAGGCAGUUCCUCAACUACAAGAUUAUUGUAUUCAGCGUGGCUUCAGCUUUCACUUGGUGGACACCAGGUGGGAAGGGCCUAAGGAGAUUUUUGAUGACUACCAUGCCCAGGCUAUGCAUCUAAGUGAGCUGGAGAAGUGCCAGAAGGUGUCUGUGGGGCCAAACUUUGUGAUUCUGCUUGGCGAUAAGUAUGGUGAGGUGCCUUUCCCACACACUAUCCCAGAGAUGGACUUUGAGGCUCUCAGGCAGGCAGCUAAGGAAAACCAGCUGCCUAAUGCUGACUUAUUGGAGAAAUGUUUCAUCAAAGACAUCAAUGCAGUCCCACCUCAGUACAAUUUAAAGUUUGGUUUCAAUGGCCACCAAGAGCUGGAUCAGGAGAGCUGUUUAUCAGAUGAGGACUUUGAGGAGCUGCAGGCUUUCUUUAAGGACACAUGUAGACUGGCUGUUAAGACAGAGAAGAUGACUAGAGCAAGAGAACAGUGGUACUUCCAGUCAGUGGUAGAGAAGGAGCUGGUGAAUGGUAUAGUGAAGGCUCCCAGUCCAGAAAACUCUACAUUGUGCUUCAGGAGAGACUUCAAAGGGGUGCCCAAGAAACUGCAGCAGUCAUCAGCUGCAAGGUACUUUGAUGUUGAAGAGAAAUUUGAUGGGAUCUACCUAAACCAGGAGAAAUAUUCAGCAAUGGUGAAAGUGAAGUCAGAAAGACUGACACCAUCUUACCAAACUGACAACCAGAAGUUAUACACACUGCAGUGGACAGAGAUGGGAGUAGAUCAACACAACCCAGAACACAGCAAAUACCUAAACCAGCUUUGCUCAGACUUUGUUGAGGAAGUGACAAAACUGAUUGACAAAAAUUUAACUGUGUUGAAGAAAGCUCAGAAAUAUUACACCCCUGUCCUGGAAGAGGUUCUGCAUCAUGCACAUGUAUGGAAACAAAAGUGUUCUGAUUUUUCUGGCAGGGAGGAAUUUUUGGAAAAGGUACACCAACAGUUAAUGGACUCAACAAGCAAGUUGCCACUGAUAAUUCAUUCUCUGUCAGGAGAGGGUAAAUCGUCAGUGGUUUCCAUGAUCCAUAAGAACUGUGGCCAGUGGCUUGGACCAAAAUGUGUCACCAUAACAAGGUACCUUGGCCUCAUGCAAGGCAGUUCUACUGUCCAGGAACUUGUCACGAGUCUCAUAGCACAAAUCUGUACAGUUUUCAAUUUAAAGAAUAUGAUUGAAAUUCAAGGAUCACAAAGCUCCCUUUUCAAAUUGCUGAAAACCUUCCAUAGCACUCUGAAGCAGGUUGCAUCCAAGAACUUGAUUGGACAGGAUAGGCAUUUGGUGCUGAUUCUGGAUGGAAUAGACAGAUUGACCCCCAUUGAAGAAGCUUUGAGGGCAUUAUGGGUGAUUCUAGAUCUGCCACCUUUCACUCAUGUCAUUAUCUCCACAAUAUCUGAGCGCGGGAGCAUGAAUAUCAUAGAUCUUUUUAAGCGCUUCAUCCCCAAUGAGUCCUGCUACCUUGGCUUACCAGAGGUUCCAGAUACAGAGGCAGAGGCAAUAUUAGAUGCAAACCUGGUAAAGGCAGGUAGAUCUGUUAGUAGUGAGCAGAAAGAAGCAAUAAUGCAAGCUUUCAGGGAAAAUCGCAAUCUGUUCUUGCUCAAACUUCUGCUGGAUAAGGCCAAGCUGUGGAAGUCCUACACUAGUCCAGAAUUUCUCCUGGUCACCCCUGAUAUUGAUGGUGCUGUUCUGGGAGGUGUGGAGCUCCUAGAACUCAAACAUGGCAGCCAACUUAUAAAGAAUGUAGUGUCAUACAUUACUCUGUCAGGACUUGGAGUGACGGAGCAAGAGCUGCAUGAUCUGCUAUCAUGUAAUGAUGAGGUCAUGCAGGAGGUGUAUGAACUGUAUGCAGCCCCUCCAUUGGAAGGUGUGGUGCAUUUUCCCUCUGUUCUUAUGGUGAGACUGUUACAUGACAUAGAAGCAUACCUGAUUUAUAGAGAGGCUGAUGGACAUGAUAUCAUUGGAUGGUCUCACCAAUUACUUGUGGAAAAUUUGUCUAAGGUGUAUGGUCUUAUAUACCCGGGGAUUCUACAGGACGAAAUUGAUGAGACUUCAGUGGAUUUCACAUUGAAUAUUCAUGAGGACUUUGUGCAACUGUACAAAGCUGAGGCCACUGUAAAGAAAACCAUCACCAUCCAAGACAAGACCAUCCCCGAUGCUAGAAGGCUAACAGUGCCACGCCCCCUCAAUGCAAAGAACUUACGAAAGCUACGAAAACUGCCAUUCCACAUGAGAGUACUGAUCCCAGCCAAUGAGUCUGGAAGGAUUAAAGAAGAGAUUCUCUGUAAUUUUCAGUGGUUGCUAACAAAAUUCAAAGGUACUUCAGUCAAGGAAGUACUCUCAGAUUUUGAAUCUGUUUUGGGGAUCAUGAAGUAUCUGGAAACCAUGUCUGUUGAUGAAACCCAGCCAAAGAUGUCUGCCAGGGAGGAUGUGGAGAUGAUCUACUCCUCUUUGAAGGCAGCUAUGCAGGCACUCAAGCUUAACCCAGAGAACCUGGCAGCGGAAAUUUUGGGCAGGGCCACUGCAGAAGCACAAGAGCAUCCUUAUAUUGGUCUGUUAAUGAAAGGUGCAGCACAAUGGGUGGAGGCAGCCAAUACACCACUGAUCAUUCCUGUCUGUCCAUGUUUUCCAUAUAAAAAUAACAGCGGUCUACAGGGACUGAUGGUUGGACCAUCGGUGUUCAUAGGUGUCACUGGUGUGCAAGAUAACCUCGCUGUCACUUAUAACUACUCAGAAGGGGUAGAGCUGAGGAGUUUGGACACAGGGGAGGCACUAAGCGUGUUCCCAGCCCCUCUUCAUGGCGUGUUUGCAGACAACCCCCUGGCCAAUGUGGCUCUAAGUGAGGACGGGCAGCUGGUCUUGAUCAAGACACACCCAAGGGAAAAGACCAAGUUCACUGUGUGGAGCACUUCAUUUGGGAACAAGGUCAAAGAGAUGACCUUUGAUUUCCAGGUCAGCUCCUUUGCCAUCAGCCGAGAUGCGGAGACCAUUGUGUUGGGAACACAUGAUGGAACCAUAUUAGGCAUUGCCCUCCACACUGGCGAGGAGAGUUUUUCCUUGCAAGGGGCUGAAUCCAGUGCCACCAUUACGAACAUAGCCCUGGAUGAGGUCUCAGGGAAGAUAGUGGCCACAGGACAGGACCUGUAUGUGUGGGACAUGCCCACCUUGACCCUAGAACAUGCCUUUUUGUUGGAUGGGGAGGUGAAGUGUGGUCUGAUGAAGAUCUGCUCAUCCUCUGGACGGGUGGUGUGUGGCGUCUCCAGUACAGGGACUGUCAUUGUAGCUAGCUACAACAAUGGGCAGAUCCUGGACACCAUAGAAAGCAGGACAUACCGUGACAUGAGGGACAUCCUGAUUGGUGCUGAAGGGUUCUAUGUCAUCAUUGCCACAUGGAACCUGGGGGUGGACAUCUGGAGUGUUGAGCCAGCACAGUGUGUUAAGUCCAUAGACUACCCUGAGAUAGCCUCAGAUGAGACGGACUCUGACAAGGACUCUAUUGAUUCCUCCCUCAUUGAGUAUAUUCCAUCCAAAGUGGCUAUAGACCACAAUGAGUUGUUCUUGUUUGUUGGUUUUGAGCAUGGAGAGGUGGCAAUGUACUACAUUCCCACAGGAGAGGUGGUCAAAUUACUGAUGCAUGGUGUCCAAUCUGUCACCAAUGUCUCCCUAUUCAAGGAGGAAUUCCUUUUCUCAUCCUGCAAUGAUGGUACCAUCAAACGGUGGCAUGUGAAGGACCUUAUGACACAGACUAUUAACAGAUAUGGACACUCUGCUGAUACCUUCGCAGAGCAGUCUCCUCUAGAGAUGCAUGUGGCAUCAAAGCCAAAUCCCACAGAGAGUGGUGGUGGGACUGGAUCAGGGGAAGAUUCAUUUUACCCCACGGAGGAUGAGGCUGUGAGGGAAAUUGUAUACAGCCCAAGCUGGAUUUGUAGUGACUGUGUCCACUAAGAAACAACAGCCAGUCAAGGUGUGGGAUUGUAAUGCAGGGACCUAUGUAUCCUCAGUGGAGCAUGGGUUUAAGAACAGUCCCUCCAAGGUCUUUAUGGACAUGGCCUCCCUGGUAUUGAUGAGCCAG